AUGAGUUCAAUUGAUUUAGAUGAUGAUCUUAUUUUUUUUACUAUAGAUUCAUUAGAUGACGAUGAUGAUGAAUAUUGUUCAUGUACUAAAUCUGAUUUAUUAACAAAUGAUAAUUCAUCAGUUGAUCGAAUUCAAUCAACAUCAAUGAUGAUAUCAAAUAAUAAAAAAAUGUCAGAUAUAACAGAUUUACUUGAUUCAACAGAAUUUAAUGAUAAACAAGAAAAUGUUGAUUUAAUAUCAACAAAUGUUUUAGAUUAUUUACGUACACAUAAUUUACAAAAUGACCAAAAUAAUUAUGAAAAAUAUCAGCGGGAAACUGAAGAAAAUUAUUUGAAAUAUGGUAAAAUAAAAACACGUUUUUUUUUUGAAACACGAUGUUCAAAGAAAUUAUCACCAAGUGAUUAUUUAACUCGCACAUCACUCUAUAAUCGUCCUGUUGCUUUUGAAAAAGAUUCACGUUUAUGGGCACGAAGUUUAUUAGAUAAUUUUAAAAAAUCCAAUCAAAAUUGUAAAUCAAAAUCAUCAUCGGUUAAUUUAACUUAUUAUUUACCAGUUAUUAAAAAAUCUUCAUCAUUUGAUCGUCAUGUUCAAUAUAUAGAACAUUUAAAUGAAUGUAAUGAUUAUUCAGCAUAUUUAGAAUAUUUACGAGAAAAUCGUUCACAAUUAUUUUAUACACUUACAGAUUCAAUUGAUAUUAUUGAUGGACUAAUUGGAACAGUUGUUUAA